AUGCCUCCCUUUCGCCAGGCCUACUGUGCGCGACUCUUCCGGCCCGGUUUGCCGCUCCAGUCAACCCGCUCGCUAACCACGAACCCCUGGUCCUACCCGUCGUCGGCAACGGAUGUCGUUACGGAUGAAGUUACACAGUUGGCAGCCAGUCCUAAACGUCCGUUGACAUUGAAUGACCUGCUCAGACAUGGCUGCCCUCCCCUGUCACGCGAGGCUCUGCUGGAGUCUGCCAAUUUUACCUUGUCUCUGCUUCCCGCGCGGCUGGCAUAUCGAAUUCAAACCCUUGGGAACCUGCCAUUUAUAGUUGUCUCGAAUCCCCACAUUUCGCAGAUAUAUAAUAACUACGUUCACUCCUUGUCGACCCUGUUGCCGUUCCAGAAGAAGCGAAUCACCACGGUGGAAGAUGAGAUACAGUUCACAGAAACGAUGGCAGAGCUGGUUCAGACCCAUACAAACACCAUUCCCAUCUUAGCCAGAGGAUUUCUUGAGUGCCGAAAAUACAUCAGCCCCCAGGAAGUCACAACAUUCCUUGAUGAGCAUCUUCGUGCAAGGAUCGGCACGCGGUUGAUCGCCCAACAACACUUGGCUUUGCACAUGGCAUCCCAACCAACUGAGGAAGGCAGGCCGCCUAUUCCAUCUAACUAUAUCGGCGUGAUUGAUACGGCUCUUCAGCCUGCUCGACUCAUCCGCAGUUGUGAGGAGUUUGUUGCCGAAAUCUGUGAGCUCAAAUAUGGUAUUCGACCUCGUCUAAUCAUAAACGGUGAAGUCGAUGCCACAUUCGCCCAUAUACCAGUCCAUCUGGAAUAUAUAAUUACAGAACUUUUGAAGAACUCAUUCCGAGCUGUUGUGGAGAGUGAAAACGAGCGCGAACCUGUCGAGGUCACUAUUGCAUCGGCGCCUGAUCAAAAACGGGCUAUUUGGAUCCAUCGACUCGCCAACGCAGAGCAUUACAAUCCGUUUCCGUGA